UGUCUACUACGACCAAAUUUAAUUUAUUUGUUUUCUAUUAGCGACGUGGUUUAUUUUAAUAGUUCUACUAAGUUUUAUUUACAUACACAUUCUUGAUGACAUAACAGAAAAAAAAAUGCGUUUUUUUUAUUCUUUUACGUAUAAAAUUUCUUAGUGCAUGGAAGUUGCGUCAUAAUCAUAUGUUGUUGAUUGAUUGUAGCUAGUUUGGUUUAUAUAUAUAUAUAUGAGAAGACGCUCAUUAAUCCUCUUAGUUCUAUAUAACAUUUUGUUAUAUGUUGGACGACGAUGAACGGAACUGGAUUUUAUACAUAUAUGAUGCAGAUGUAAGAACAUUCAAGUCAUGGAUUUCAACCAAGCACUGAAACAGGUUGGAGAUUUUGGACUAUACCAGAAACUUCUCUGUGCUUUCUUGAUCUUCCCAUCAGCAGCAUUAUGUGCACUGGUGUACUUUACCCAGUUUUUUAUUAUAAUGGUGCCCAACCAUUGGUGUUAUGUUGAGCAACCUGGUAGUUCAAACUUCACCCUGGAAGAGUGGAAGAACUUAACUUUGCCAAAAGGAACAGCUGAUGCACAACAUACAUAUCAGCAGUGUAAGCAGUAUAAUGUAAAUGUAACAGAGAUUCAACAGAAUGUGUCAGUGGGAUAUCCAUUGUUAUUAGAAGAUGUGGACGUAGUGCCGUGUCAGAAUGGAUGGGAGUAUGAUUUUUCAUCCUUGUAUCCAACACUUGCCACAGAGCUAAACUGGGUAUGUGAAAAUGAUCGGCUUCCUUAUUGGGUUCAGACGGUGUUCUAUGUGGGGACAAGUGUUGGAAGUAUUGUGUUUGGAUUUAUUUCUGACAGAUAUGGUCGAAGAGCAUCUAUUAUUGCUAGUUAUGCAAUAGCUUUAGUCGCUGGCAUUGGUUCAUCGUUUGCAAAUUCUUUUGCCAUAUUUGCUGCCUUGAGGUUUUUUGUAGGUGCAUGUAUUAUCCCACUUUCAGAAGAUCCUUAUAUUUUAGGCCUAGAGUAUAUUGGAGUUGAGAAAAGAACACUUGGGAUUAUCUGUUGGACAACGGGUUACAUUACAUUCUCAGUCAUAUGCCCGUGGAUAUCGUAUGGCAUAAGAGAUUGGCAAAUACUAAGCAUUAUCACCAUGGCACCACUUUCUUUAUUUGUUUUGUUUGGAAAGUGGAUCCCUGAAUCAGCAAGCUGGUUAUUGACUCGAGGCAGGAUAGAGGAUGCUGCCCAUAUGUUAAGAACUGUUGCAAAAGUAAACAGAAAUCAUUUCACUGAUAAUAUUUUCCAGGAUUUACAUGCAGACAAGGAUGGUGACAUUGAUAUGGAUGAAAGACAUCUCACAAUAUUAGAUCUAUUUCGUACACCUCGUCUUCGAAAACACUCAUUCAUUAUGGCAGUAGCAUGGUUUGUCACCUACUGCUGCUAUCACACGAAUACUCAAAACACCUCCAAUUUAGGAACGGAUAUUUAUGACUCUUUUACGUAUGGUGCUCUUGUUGAAGUACCUGCAAUGUUGUUGAUAUUGUUUGGUCUUGACUUGUUGGGUCGUCGUUGGCCUAUGGUGCUAGCAACAGCUUUAGCAGGACUAUUUGGACUACUCAUCAUGGGCAUGCCUGAGAGUUCCCCACAAUCAUUCCUUGGCCUAGCCCUUGUAAUGCGUGUAACUAUAACUACAGAAUACAACAUCAUCAUGCAGUAUUCAGCAGAAAUCUACCCCACUUCUCUCCGAGGACGAGGCCUGGCUGUUCUUCGAGUUAUGGGAACUUUGGGUCUUUAUCUGAGUCCUACAAUUGUUUACUUGGCCUUACAUAAUCCAGCUCUUCCUCUUCUUGUGUCAGGCAUUAUGAUGCUCAUUGUCACGGUGUUGACUUUGUUCUUACCAGAAACUUUACAUAAGAACUUGCCACACACACUGGAGGAAGGUGAAAACUUUGGCAAGGAUCAGAGGAUUUGGGAGUGUCCUUGUUUGGAUCACAAGAAGAACACACAAGAACAUCCUUCUCUUAGUAAUAUUUGAAAAUGUAGUAAAAAAUGAAGAAUUUUUACUGCCAUGGUAGAAGAAUGACCUUGUUUCAGUGCAGUAAUGUUGUUGAAUGAAAUGUUGAGUGUUUUCUAAACGUAUAAACUGACAUAGUUUUAUUAGGGAAAAAAAAAAGUGAUUUCUACAACAUUCAUAGUUUAAAACUAAUGUUUUUAUAAACAAAUUUAAUCAUUUAAUUUAGACCACGAAGUAUUUUUUUUUGUAGGCUGAAGAAAAUCCUUGUUUUUGUUUGCUAUAUCCAUAAUAAAUCUUUUGAUUAAAUACUUUCAUUAUACAACAGUUUAUGCUUGUACUUGAACUCUGUGUAUGGGCAGUAGCAUAACUAGGUCUCAAAGAUCCUUGGGGCAGAAUUGUUUUAAUUUUUCAGAAUAUCUUCCCUUCAAUAUUCCAAAUUUCAAAUACCAAUACUGUGGGACCCUGAAUGGCCUCGAGGCAGCUGCCCCCACCUCUCACUAUGCCACAGUGUCUAAUUGAAGUGAUUUAUCAUAGUUGAUUGGCAUGUUAAAAAUAUUAUUUGUUAAUAACAUGAAAUACCUGCACUCCACAGCAGGGUUCAAAGGCCUCCCCUCAUUAUUCACAGAAGCCCCGAUAUACUGAUCAAGCUCCACCGUUAUCUCGAAUUACUUUUAUAGUGGCGUCAAGGAAGAUCUGUACAUGAAAACUUAUCCUGCUCAAUACCAUGUGAGUAUGUGCUGCAUUGGCUACUAUUAGCUUGUGAGUGUGGAUAUAUGAACUCAGUUUCAAAAAUGAUGCCCCUGGAGGGCAUGAAUUUCAUGUUUUGAAAUGAACAAUACAUUCCUCAGUAUUAUUGUACUCCUACAAUACAUGUAGUUUGUUCCUAUAAAACUUACUAGUUUUACUAUUUCUCCACUAUAUGUAUAUAUAAUUCAUUAAUAAUAGUAUUUGAGUUUUACAAUAGUU